UAGCUCAACGACAUAAUUAUAUGUAUCCAAUGAGUCCUUGUGGUGGUGGAGUGAAUGACUCCUGAAUCUAUUCGCAGCUGCUCUGUCGCUUCCAUGAUCCACUCCAGUCCGGAUUUGGCAAGGAAAGGAACAGCUGCUGUAACGUUUUAGCAAAAAAGGAGCAGUAGUGAGACAUGCGGGGUAUAGAUGAGUCUCUCCAGCAGCAUUGGAGACCGGACGAGCAGCAGCAGCAGCACUAGAUGAUCAUGGCCGAGGACUAUUGGGAGCGCGCGGCGGCUUUGGGAUAUUAUUACUGCUGUUAAGAUUACACGAGCAACACGCACUCACUAACACAAGCGCACACGGAUCUCAACCCCACGGGGCGGUUGAACAGUGGCAGCCCCUCCACCCCCCUCAUCUCGGCCCCCCUUACCCCCACUGAUGGACCGCAUGAGGAAGAUCAAACGGCAGCUGUCCCUGACGCUGCGAGGGGGUAACAGCGGGGACAAGACCAUGAGCGAGACCAUCAGCUCUCAGGACACAGGAGCGCACAGCGAUUCCGAGGCCAUGCCAGUUGGCGGCAGUGGUGGUCUGCGGGGUUCAGUGAGAGGUUCGGGGGGUUCCUUCAGCAUGCACUCCCUCCUGCAGUCCUACAGCAGCGCCCUGCGCAGACCACGCAGCCUGGGCCGCAGUCUCAGCUCCUAUCUCAACCACACCACGCGCCUCGAAAUCGUCCACGAGGAUGUGAAAAUGGGUUCAGAUGGAGAGAGCGAUCAGGCUUCGGCCACAUCCUCAGAUGAGGUGCACAGCCCCGUCCGAGUUCGUCUGAGAAACAAUCCUGGUCGCAAAAUUUCCUCAGAGGACAUAAAUAAACGUCUGUCUCUGCCUGCCGAUAUCAGGCUUCCUGAUGGCUACCUGGAGAAAUUCAGCCUCAACAGCCCCCUGUUUGACAAACCGCUCAGCCGGAGAUUACGCAGAGUAUCGCUGUCUGAGAUCGGAUUUGGGAAGUUGGAGACGUACGUGAAGCUGGAUAAACUAGGGGAGGGCACCUACGCUACAGUAUAUAAGGGCCGCAGCAAGUUGACGGAUAACUUGGUGGCUCUGAAGGAGAUCCGUUUGGAGCACGAGGAAGGAGCUCCAUGCACUGCCAUUAGAGAAGUGUCUCUGCUGAAGGACCUGAAACACGCCAAUAUUGUGACUCUUCAUGACAUCAUCCACACUCAGAAGUCUCUUACGCUCGUGUUUGAGUACUUGGAUAAAGACCUGAAACAGUACCUAGAUGACUGUGGAAACUGCAUUCAUAUGCACAAUGUCAAGCUCUUCCUGUUUCAGCUGUUGCGAGGUCUGAACUACUGUCACAGACGUAAAGUCCUUCACCGAGACCUCAAGCCUCAAAAUCUCCUGAUCAACGACCGCGGGGAGCUGAAGCUGGCUGACUUUGGUCUGGCACGAGCAAAGUCGAUUCCCACCAAGACCUACUCCAAUGAGGUGGUGACCCUCUGGUACCGCCCCCCUGACAUCCUGUUGGGCAGCACGGAUUAUUCCACUCAGAUUGACAUGUGGGGUGUUGGCUGUAUCUUCUACGAGAUGUCUACAGGUCGACCGUUGUUCCCAGGAUCAACGGUGGAGGAGGAGCUGCACUUUAUCUUCAAACUGCUUGGUACGCCCACAGAGGAGACCUGGCCCGGAAUAACCUCUAACGAGGAAUUCAUCUCCUAUAACUACCCCCGAUACCGCCCUGACUGUCUCCACAACCACACUCCACGAUUGGACAAUGAUGGGGUUGAACUUCUGUCGAAACUGCUGCAGUUUGAGGGAAAGAAACGGAUCUCAGCAGAGGAAGCCAUGAGACACCCAUACUUCCACUGCCUGGGAGAGAGAAUACUCACACUGCCAGACACUACAUCAAUAUUUGCACUUCAAGAAAUUCAGCUGGAGAAGGAGCCAGGAAUGAGGACGAACUCUCUGUCAGAAUCAGUCAACAGCAUAUCUCAACGGCAGAGUCUGCUCUUCUGAGGGCACGUGGGGCGACUCGGGACGGGGAAGAUGGACGAUGUACGGAGAGGACGCGUUGAGACGUUUCCUGUCGCGAAGAUGAAGGGAUAUCUGUUUUUCAUUUCUCCGUCUGAGUCAUUCGCUAGUCCUGUGGCAUUAUGUGUUUAGAAGGGGUCACUGUAGUUGUUUACAUGAAGAGGCUGAGGAUGUUGAUUUGUGUACUUGUUUUCUUUGUUUCAAAUGACGAUGCACUCCCCCUUCCCUGUACACAUUACAAACAUGUUCUUCCUGUUUGCUGUACCUUCUCAACGUGGUUGCGUCAAUCCAGCCGCUGUAAUCAAUCAGACGCAGAAUGUUAUUGGAUGACCUGCUUGAGUGCAUAGACGUCAUCCUUUGACUGAAACAAUUCAACCUGUUUUAUUUGCAAUACUUCUCAAUUGUAAUGUAAAAGGAAGGCCAGUUUAUGAAGGAACAUGUCAUGAAUGCUGUUAAUAUCCAUCAAGAAGAAGCCAAGUCUCUCUAGUCUUCCAGAAUAAUAGUCCUCUUCAUUAGUGUCAUCAGCCCUCCCAUCCAAAGAUGAACAUUUAGUACUAUGCCAACACAAUGGUUCUCCAAUCAUCAUCAUCAUCAUCAUCAACAACCAUAAUUGGUUAUUUGUAUCCAUCAUAACAUUGACUGUAUGUCAACUUUUGUUUUUGUUUGCAUAAUCAUUUCACUUUUAAGUUGUUGUUGUUUACAUGUUUUUUUUUUUGUUUUUUUUUGCCAUGCAAUACAGUUUGAUAAUCUAGAAUACGGUUUCACCAAAGACCCCCAUGCCGUCGUUCUUUCCCUCUUGGUUUGACUUUUAUUGAGCUUCCAAUUCCAUCAUCAUGUUCAAGUGAACCCUCAAUCAGCUACACUGUGUCAAGGACAAAUUGUUUUGUGCAAAGCAACUUAUAAUGUUUGUGUUGCAUUAAGGAAAGCCUCCGAUAGUCUCAACGCAUUUCCUGCGGAUACCUAGUUCAAGCCUUGUUGAUAAAUCUUCCAUUACCGCAGCUCUUUGGGCUGUCACUCUGGCUGAAAACCGAGCUGAAUUCUACGUCGGUUCAGUCAGGGCGAUGAGAACUCAUAAUGGGAUGCCCGGGCGCAUGCGGAGAACCGGUCGACUUGUAUAGGGCUCAGGUUUCUGUCACUCUGCAGAACAGCUGAGUGCAGUGGAUAAUGUUCUGCAUCUCGCCCCGGUUGUUCAUACUCUGCAGGGUUUGGAGCGCAUUGGUGUCGUGUAACACGCCGCAAAUUUAAAACGCUACCAUCCCCUGGCAUGUACGAAUCAGGGCCUCUCUGCACAAUGUCUGUCCCACAAAUGUGAUUAUUGGGUGGGGGGGGGGAAAAAAAAGUCCAGGUGAUAUUUUACACCAAAAUCAAAAGAGAGAAAUAAUACAUUUUAUUUUGCUUAAAGAAAAUAAAACCUAUUUUUAGGACCAUUCAUAUUUUUUUUGUUUUGCAUUGUGACAUUAUUUUCAUUGCCAAUUAAUCCCCGAAUUCUUAUUCCUUUAAUGUAAAAAUAUUAUUUAAAUCAUAUCUGCAUAACUUGCAACAUUUUAUACAAGUGUAUUUAAUAUAUUGUAUUUUUUUAAAAGCAUAUCUAUAUAUCUGUUAUACCCUCUUUGCUGAUGUACAUAAUUUCACAGCAACUUCUUACUGUAAUACAGCAGAAUUUUCUGUAUUAGGAGAGUGACUAAAACAUCCAGGCGCAUUGCAGUAAUUAGGGUGGAAAUGUACUUAAUUGUCAAAUAAUAAUGAUAUUAAAUGUCUAAAAAAUAAUGUCACCAUGGAAAAGACAAAAAAGUUCCUAAAAUAGAAGCUUAAAGGUUUUUAUGCAAAAUAUAAUGUCUUAUUUUAUUUUCUCUUUAUUUUAGGGUGAAAUGAGAGACUGGUUUUUUUUUCACCCCAUUAGAGCUGAAUGCAGAGACGUUUAAAGGGAUAGUUCACACACAAAUGAAAAUUAUCCCAUGAAGUCACCCUCAAGCCAUCCUAGGUGUAUAUGACUAUCUUCUUUCAGACAAACACAAUUGGAGAUAUAAUUAAAAAUAUCCUGGCUCCUCCAAGCUUUAUAAUGGUGGUGAAUGGGGGGCGUGAUUUUAAAGCCCACAAAAAAUAAUUUUUCCAUUAUAAAAACAUAAUCCAUACGGCUCCAGGGGGAUAAUAAAGGCAUUUUGAAGUGAAGCGAAAAAUAUCCAUAUUUAAAACUUUAUAAAUUCAAGUUGACUUGCACCACAAGAGUAAGAGUGAAGCGAUGUAUGACGCAGGAUGUAAGAGUAUCAUAAGCUUAGAUGCCUCUUGCGGUUCAAACAAAUAUGGCUGUGCAACUCAAGCUCCUCUUAUAUCGAAAUUCUCCGACAUUUCUCUUUAAAAAUGAUUGUUUUAGACUUGUAAUUCGUGACCGGUGUUUUGUUUUGCUCUAUCCUCUGCAUCUCCACGUUCGUCAUUGCGUCAUGCGUCGGGUCAGAGGUGAAAUCAAUGUGUACGGCCGUCUGCCGUAAGAUAGUUAUUAUAGUUAAUAAUAAUAAUAAUAAUAAAUAUGGAUAUUUUUCUUACAAAAACCCAUUGCUUCGCUUCAGAAGGCCUGGAGCUGUAUGGAUUAUUUUUAGGAUGGAUUUUUGGCUUCAAACCCCCCCAUUCACAGUCAUUAUAAAGCUUGGAGGAGCCAGGAUAUUUUUAAAUAAAUCUCGGAUUGUGUUAAUCUGAAAGAAGAUACAUAUACACCUAGGAUGGCUUGAGAGUAAAUCAUAGGAUAAUUUUCAUUUUUGGGUGAGCUAUCCCUUUAAGACUUGAUGUUAGUGAUGAUAUUUUAAUAAAUAUAUAAUUUUUUACAAAUUAAUUCAAGCAAUCCCAAAACGCUUGGUCUGGUGAUAGAUUGUGACUCCCCUUCGUCCCUGCUGGAGAUGAGCUGUGAAUACCUGUGCUGCAUAUGUGUGUGUAUGAGAGAGGGGAAUGCAGUCUUGCAUGGCAGUGUUGUAAAGUUGAAGACUGUGGUACUUUGUAAAUAGCCUUAGAAUGUUUUUUUUGCAGAUCAGAGGUGUGGAGAGUGCAAUGAGAAGAUCCUCCUAAUAAUGUAUAAUUUUUAAAGCAAAGAAGAAUAUCAUUUUUGUUAUACUUAUCAUUGAUGACAUUGUUCAUUGUGUUCUCUCUCUUUUUUGUAAUAUGUAGUAACCAGACGUUACUACCAUAGGAGACUCAUGUGGUUGUAGAUAUUUGGUUUCGAUGUUUGUUAGUUCAUAAGGAUGAAAACGGCUCAUCUAACAUAAAGCUUUCAUCUGGAAUGCGGAUGGAUUACGGUGAAACGGCUUCAGUGGAUAAAUGUGGUCGUGAGGAAGCCAACCGUUCAUUACUGCGCAAUAAUUGCUAAAUUUACGCAAUAAUUUUUUUUUUUAAUACCAAAACCAUCUUGAUUUGAAAAGGAUUUGAUACUGAUUUCGGUAAGCAUUGCAUGCAGUUAAAUAUAUAAAAAGCAAACAAUGCCAGAAAUUGUCAUGCAAAAACUCAAGGCUGUUUUAUUGCCCAUUUUAUGAGGAAUUUGAUAUGAUUGCAGGUGAAAUGCUUUUAUACAUGGAGACACUUUGAGCCAAUAUGGACUUCAUACGGUUUUCAGUAUGUUUCUUUUGUACAACUCAACCUUUUUGAACGGGCAUUUUAUGCUAAACAAAACUUGAUAAUUGAUCAGUACAGUAUUAUUUUCUUUAGCUUUUUUAUUUUGCAAUUGUAUACACUAAAAGAGCCCAAAGUUUGAGGAUUCUCAGCCAUUUUACUGCUCUUCUGCAGUUGGCGUUUGUCCAUAUGUGAAGGCAAGAAGCGAGCGAGAAGGUCUGCUGUUAUAUAAAUAUAUUAAAAGCAGUUUAAACACACAUUAAGCAAUACUCACUGUUAAUGUACAUUUCACAUCUCAUGGAUAUCUAAUGCAGGAAAUCCUCUCAGAUAGCCAUAGUAUAUUUUCUGAUUGACAGUAAGUAUGCAUAUAUGAGUGGUCACUUUGUUUGAGUCUAGAAAUGUUAACCACAAAUAACAGUUGUUUGAUGCAAUGUUUUUUGUUUUUAAUCUUUGAGUUCUUAAUUGCAAUAGUCAGUCUUUUCACCCAAGAAUAUGUGGUUCAGAAGUAUGUUGAAAUGGAAAACCUUUACCAAUAAUUACAAUACACAACAAUGGCUGACUGUUUCUUCAUGUUGCUUGUAUGAAUGCUCAUUUGCAACCAAUUCUGUCGAUUAUAAAGCAGGAAGUGGAUGCAGAAGAUUGGCACAAACAAGCUGUAAAACAUUCAGGUGGAACAGAACAAAUGUGAAUAAUUUUUGCUGGCAAUAUAAUCAAUGUCUCAAACUUGAAUUUUGUUUUACUUUUUUUUUUAACUCGUAUUUAAAUGUAAUAAUAUUCAUAUUAGUGCUGUCAAAUCGAUUAAUCGCAAUUAAUCGCAUCUCACAAAGUUAAAAGUUUGUAAAUGUAUAUUAUGUGUGUGUGUGCAUAUGUAUACAUGUGUAUAUAUAUAUAGACACACACACACAUAUAUAUAUAUAUAUAUAUAUAUAUAUAUAUAUAUACAAACUUUUACAUUAGAUGCGAUUAAUCACGAUUAAUCGAUUUGACAGCACUAAUUUAUACAUUGUUUAUGUGUCCAUUACAUAUUAAAAAUAAUUCCAUAUAUAUACAUAUAUAAACCCAAAUCCACACACAAUCAGAUCAGCCACAACAGUAUCUUGAAAAGGUUUAUAAUAUUGACUAGUACAUUAAUGACAAUUAGUGACUUAACAGGUCACUCACUCUAACAAGUCCUUUGUCAGCGUGUGGAUUUCUUUUAAAAUAACCAGAAAACCCAAUAAACAAACUAUAAAAUCUCAACUUAUAUCACCGAUAGUUGGACACAUUCAUAUUUCACAACUAAAGAUGGCUUAAUAUUGACUAGGUAUAUGUUUUUAUGUGUUCAGGCACCUCUACAAAAUGUAUGUGCAAAUCCAAGAGGUAUAAACAAACCUGGUUUUGGAGCAACUUUGAAAUGUGCCUUUCAGAUUCAGUAAAAAAAUAAUAAUAAUACAGGUAUGAAAAAUGAAUCAUUUUGUUAUGAACAGUUUCUUUUGCAUUGUGAACAGUUGAUAAAUCAAAUAACCAAGAGAAAUGGCACCAAACUGAUACCAAUAUGACCCAUCAAUAUGACUAUAAACAUAAGUUUGAGGAAGGGUUUAUAUUUUUAAUUGUUAUCCUUGAAGGAAAUCAUACAUUUAUGAUUACAUACACGGCUCAUAGUGACCACAGUUGAGCUCCAGGAUGAAGCUGAAAAGUGACACGAACUCACGAUUUUAUUUUGUAUUAUUAUUUAAAAUCCAUAUAAUGCCCCUCCAUUGUGCAUUGACAAUAUUUUCGUGAUGUUCUUAGCAGCCAUAUAUUUAAAAUGAGAAUUUCAAAUUUGAUCUGUGUUCUUUCUUUGACAUAAAUCAAUGUGGUUCUUUCUCAUUUCAAGAUUUCUAAGAAGUAAAUAUGCGCCUCUUGUAUUAUACAGCAGCUUGGUUUGUUGACUGCUUUUCAGCUUUUGCUAUUGGUCAAUGCCAAAGUUAUCCGAAGCCUUGCAUGGGUUGGUGUUUAAUUUUUCCAAGGAAUGUUAUAAUGCUGACACCCUGCUUUGUGUUUCUUACUGAGCCAGUUUCACUGCAGAGAAUUACUGUUAUAAUAAAACCCACAUACUUAUAUCCCCAGUA